CUAAAUCUCUCCACCAACACAUCCACGAACUAAUAAUCUCUGUGCCACCUGCAGACAUUCUACUCACAAAAGCCAACUCUCUCCACCAUCUGAAACAUGCAGCGUCAAAGCCACAUUUCGGUUGCAAUUUCACUAAUAUGCAUCCUGUUUUGUUCCACAUUAACUAGUGCUCUUGAUGAACCUGAGUAUGGUUACAAUGAAAAAAGUGCAAAUGGGCCCCAACAUUGGGGUGAUCUGAAAGAAGAAUGGGCAGCCUGUAAAAUAGGGCAAAUUCAAUCUCCUAUUGAUUUGUCCACUAAUGGAGUGGAAGUGAUCCCCAAGUUAGGGGGGCUAAAGUACUGGAACUAUAAGCCUCAACAUGCUACUGUCUCCAACAGGGGUCAUGAUGUUGCGGUCAUUUGGGAAGGGGAUGCUGGCUCAAUAGAAAUAAAUGGAACACCUUUCUUCCUCCAACAAGCCCAUUGGCACUGGCCUGCCGAACAUACCAUCAACGGCCGCAGGUAUGACUUGGAGUUGCACAUGGUUCAUGUUAGCCCACAGCCUGAUGGAACAAACAAGACCGCUGUUGUUGGUGUUCUGUACAAGUACGGUUCCCCCGAUCCACUGCUCUCUAAGUUGGGAAAAUACAUAAUGGACACUCCUGAAGAGGAUGAUGAGAAAAGCGUAGGGGUGGUUGAUCCCUCAGAAAUCAUGAAGGGCAGCAAGAUGUACUACAGGUACAUGGGAUCACUCACUGCACCUCCUUGCACUGAAGACAUCAUUUGGACCGUUGAUAAGAAGGUAAGAACUGUUUCAAGGGGGCAAGUGAAGUUGCUCAAGGAUACGGUACUUAAAUAUUAUGCCAAAUGGAAUGCAAGGCCGCUGCAGCCCCUAAAUCAACGAGCGAUACAACUUUACGUCCCAAAGACAAAGAAUAAACCCGUGUAUUAGUUUUUCUUGUUUUGAAAUUAACAUCUGUAUUAGUUUGAGCAUUGUAGUUUUAUUUAGAUUUAUUUGAGUUCUCUGUUUGUUAGUAACUAUUUUCAUUUCAUAUAAUAAGUGUUGUCUUAAGUGGAAGCA